GUACAGUGCUUAGACCAUAGAUUGAUCUAAUUCAUUCAAAAGUUUAUAGUGGAGUCGUACAAAAUAUAAUAUUAUAUAGUGUCAAUAUCAUUUAAACGAAUGACUUUUCAAAGUAUUAAAUUCAAUGGUCUAAUGUAAAAAGCCAUGAUUUCGAAUCUUUAAAAAGGUGUUCUGAAUCACUGACACUUAAUGUGUGAAUGUUUUUUUUACUAGAUUUACAUGUGUGAGUGGAUAAUACGUAAUUAGUUUUUUUUUAAAUACAUUCUAGUUUAGUUUAUUAGAGAAACGUUUUUACUUUUUGACACCUAAAUAAUAACAAAAGUAUUCUUUUUGGUUACAGUAGCAGGUCGACCUUCAAAAAUGACCUUUAAACUCCACAGUCAAUAGGAAUCUUAUGCGCAUGCGUAGAUUAUCCGUCAAAUUUUGUUUGGCGCGCUGAUAACUACGACUACUUUGAUCACGAUGAAAUUACAUAUUUUAGUCAUACGCCAGAUACCUCGUACAGCUCACGUUUCUAACAUUUUCUUCGGUAACUUAAUCACUUUCAACGAAAAUGUCUAGUGAAGAAUUAAAUAUCAAGAGAAAAAUGGCACGACAGAAUGGUAUUGUGCAACCCUUGUUGACUGAUCUUUAUCAAAUAACUAUGGCCUAUGCUUAUUGGAAAUCUGGAAAAGUCAAUGAUGUUGCCGUAUUUGAUUUAUUUUUUCGCACAAACCCUUUCCAAGGUGAAUUCACCAUAUUCGCAGGUCUUGAAGAAUGUUUGAAGUUUUUAGAAAACUUUCAUUAUUCUGAUAGUGAUAUUCAAUAUUUGCAGCAGACUUUACCUGAGAAUAUUGAGCCUGAAUUCUUUGCUUAUCUGAAGGACUUAACUUGCAAGGAUAUAAGAGUGAGUGCUAUUGAGGAAGGAUCUGUGGUUUUUCCAAGGGUGCCCUUAUUAAGAGUUGAAGGACCUUUAAUUGUAGCGCAGUUGCUGGAAACCACUUUAUUAACUCUCGUCAACUUUGCAAGUUUGAUGGCAACCAAUGCUGCACGGUAUCGAAUGGUAGCUGGAAAAAAUGUGUCUUUACUUGAAUUUGGAUUGCGGCGAGCUCAAGGACCUGAUGGAGGGUUAUCGGCGUCAAAGUAUGCUUACAUAGGUGGAUUCGAUGGUACAAGCAAUGUAUUGGCUGGAAAAAUGUUCAAUAUACCAGUGCGUGGCACUCAUGCACAUUCAUUCGUGACGUCGUUCAGCACCCUGGAUGACUUGCACUCAGUCAUAAUCCGACACGCUGAGACCCAGAACCCAUGCAACUUACUCGAGCUGUCGAUAGAGUGGCGCAAGCGAGUGUCCGCCGUUAUAGACAUAUCUCCGGAGGAAGCGAGCGACGGAGAACUAGCUGCCCUCAUAUCGUAUGCCCUAGCAUUCCCGUCGGGUUUCUUGGCUCUAGUGGAUACGUACGAUGUCAAGAGGUAUAAUUUUCAAGGCUUACCGUCACGACACAGGCAGCAUAACAUGAAUGGGCAUUCUGGCUACAAUAGCAACUGUGGAACCAAUGGUACUAGAGUACUCAAAUCACCGACUAUUCAUAGUCCGUAUGGAUAUAGCACGGUCGAACGCACACUGAGGAGUGGUCUGCUAAACUUCUGUGCCGUGGCGCUAGCGCUAAACGAUUGUGGCUACCGAGCGGGUGGUAUCCGUAUCGACAGCGGUGAUCUGGCUUACUUGUCUGUCCUAGCACGCGAGACCUUUGAGAGCAUUGCUGAAGCUUUCAAACUACCUUGGUUCUCUAAACUAACCAUUGUAGCCUCUAACGACAUUAAUGAAGAAACAAUACUUAGCUUGAACGAACAAGGACACAAAAUCGAUACGUUCGGGAUUGGGACACACCUAGUAACAUGUCAGCGUCAACCAGCACUAGGUUGUGUCUAUAAGCUGACGGAGAUAAACGGACAGCCCCGCAUCAAACUGAGUCAAGAUGUAGGGAAAGUGACGAUUCCAGGUCACAAAGAGGCGUACAGACUAUUCGGUGCUGACGGGCAUGCACUGAUUGACUUGCUGCAACGGUCCUCGGAGCCGGCGCCAGAAGUCGGCCAGAAAGUACUCUGUAGGCAUCCUUUCCAAGAGUCCAAGAGAGCCUACGUGAUUCCUAGCAAAGUAGAACAUUUAUAUAAGGUAUACUGGAAGGAUGGCAUUAUCCACACGAUGCCGAAACCAUUGCACGAGGUCCGCCAGCGAGUCCAAUCCUCACUGAAAACUUUGCGGCAAGAUAUCAAGAGAAACUUAAACCCUACGCCUUACAAGGUGGCAGUCAGUGAUGACUUGUACAAUUUCAUCCAUGACUUGUGGCUCCAAAACGCACCCAUCGGAGAAUUGUCAUGAAAGGAAUGAAAUAAAAGUUAGUACAUAUAUCACACAUGCACUACAAGAAGAAAAUCAAGAGCUUGGUAAAUCUUCUCUAAGAAAGAAAACAACGAAAAACUUCACGUGGUAGUAAUAGGACUAUUUAUAUGAAGUGCAACUUUUAAUAUUAUUAUGAUUGUUUUUAUAUUAAAUAUUAUAAUAUUACAUAGGUAAUAGAUACACAUAUUGCGAAAAGAAAAUCUUGCAUGUUCGUUCUAUAUAUAAGUGACUAGAGAUACGGAAACUUAAGUCACAAAUAUAUAAAGUAUUAGUGUUUUAGCACCACAACGUAUUCCUGUGCAAUCUAAAUAAGUGUAUGGUAUAAUAAGUUUUUAUCAAAAGUAUAUGUGGUACCUACAUGUGAAAUAGGAAAAGAUUUAAUUAUUUACUUUAAGUCGGGAUCAAUAUAUUUACUGUUACGUACAUAGAACAUUGCCUAUUUAAUCGAAGUAUUUUAUAAUAUUUACAACGGAAUCCUACACAUUUUGUCUAGAAUAA